CAGGGGUGAAAUUUUAGAAGUGAAACGCAUGUAAAAUAGUGAAAUCUCGUGAAAAAUGAUCCUGUCAAGGUCGAAGCCCGCGACGGACAGCCGCGCCAGCAGCAGCUCGGCCAAGCACGUGCCACAGCUUGAGGACUUCGUCAUCAAGCGGGACUACGUUGGGGCUCUCACGAUGCUUGAGUUCCUUAAGCACGAAGGCAACACGGAGGUGUGGCCUGACGUGUGGGCGGCGUGGUGCUAUUUCCACCUCGGCGAGUAUCGUCAUGCACUUGACGCGUAUAAGCGCGUGUUAGCGCGCAGUCCGCUGGACCCGCUUAUAGCUGAUACUGGGCGAAUGGAUCUCGCUGUCUGCUACUUCUACCUGGGAAUGUACAAGGAGUCACAAGAGGCUGUAGAGGAAGCACCGAAUUGCGCACUCAAGACCCGUCUCCAAUUCCACCUGGCCCACAAGCUCGGCGACGAGGAAACACUCAUGAGUGCGCACGCGGCACUCCGUGACGUGCCCGAGGACCAGCUCAGCUUAGCCUCUGUGCACUAUCUGCGCGCGCAUUACCAGGAGGCCAUCGAUGUUUACAAGAAGCUUCUGCUGGAGAAGAGAUAUUAUAAAUACCAAGACGAUGACGAAACGGAUUGGAUUAAACUAUUGCCGUAUGAAUCAGGGGCAUACAUGGCCCUGAAUGUGUACGUGGCCCUGUGCUACUACAAGCUGGACUACUACGACGUAUCUCAAGAGGUCCUAGGGGUGUAUCUGGCGCAGCAUCCCACGUCCACCGUCGCCGGCAACCUGAAGGCCUGCAACCUCUUCAGGCUGUACAACGGGAAGGCAGCCGAGAACGAGUUGAAGCAGAUCGCGUCGGAGCAGCACACGUUCGGACAGGACCUCGUCAAGCACAACCUCGUCGUGUUCCGGAAUGGAGAAGGAGCUUUGAAGGUGUUGCCUGAGCUGGUGGACGUGGUGCCCGAAGCGCGGCUGAACCUGGCCGGCUACCGACUCCGAGCCCGCGACGCGCUGGAGGCGCGCGCCCUGCUGGAGCCCCUCCAGCCCACCUCGCCCCUGCACUACAUCCUGCGCGCCGUCGUGGCCGUGCGCCUCUACAACGACACCGGGGAUGAGGAGCAGAUGAAGCUGGCCCAGCAGAGCUACCACCUGGUGGGCAGCUCGGCGUCGGAGUGCGACACCAUCCCCGGGCGGCAGUGCAUGGCCUCCUCCUACUUCCUGGCGGCGCACUUCGAGGAGGUGCUGGUCUACCUCAACUCCAUCAAGAGCUUCUUCGUCAAUGAUGACACCUUCAACUUUAACUAUGCUCAGGCGAAAGUGGCGGCGGGAUUAUACCGGGAGGGCGAGGAGUGUCUCCUAGCCAUCCAGGACGACGCCAUGCGGAGCUCCUUCACGUACUUGGCGUGCCUGUGCCGCUGCCAUAUCAUGAACAAGGACGCUCAUCUCGCCUGGGACAUCUGUGCUAAGGCGGCGGGCACUCCAGACAGCUUCGCCCUAUUGCAGCUGGUGGCCAACGACAGCUACAGAAUGGGGCAGUUCCUGGUCGCUGCCAAGGCCUUCCACAUGCUUGACAAACUGGACGGCGGCCCCGAGAUGUGGGAGGGGCUCCGCGGCGCAGUGUGCGGCGUGGCGCAGGCCGCCGCCGCGGGCCGCGCGGGCGCCGCCGCCGAGCUGCGCGACGCGCUGCCGCUGCUGCGCGGGACCAGGGCGCCGCGCGCCGACCACAUACUGCGCCCUAUAGCGCGCUGGGCGCAGCAGAAUAGGAUACCUGUUUAAUAAAUGUUUCUACAGAA